GGAAAUGAAGCAUCCAGCAAAGGCCUACUGAUACAGAAGGAAACCAUGGAGACCAACAACCGUGCUACUCAGCUUGUGCAGCAGCUCAGUAAUAUGAGGGAUAACAUUCAAGAAAUCAGCAGCAAGAUGAAAUACUAUGCAAUUCAACAAGAGCUGAGCCCUGAAGAAAUUGCCCAGAAGCUGAGUGAGGCUGAGGAGAUGCUGCAGGAGAUCAAACGCCGUAAGCCUUUCACUGAUCAGAGGCAACUCGCGGAUAAGGAGGAGAACAAAGCGGAGGACCUGCUACAGCAAGUUGAAGAGUUUCACGAGAAGUACAAUGACACCAGAUCUCUAGUAUCUGAUGUGCUGGAGCAGCUCAGCGAACAGGACAUGAAGCUGUCAGACCUGGAGGAGGCAUUAGACCAGGCACUUGACUACGUUAUGCAAACGGAGGACAUAAAUAAGGAAAACACAGCCAAUCUUCAAAGGCGUGAGAAACAACAUGAGAAAAUAAAAGAGCAAACAGAUGAACUGAACAGCAUUCUGCUAAGUGCCACAACUGUUUUGGCAGGACCACAAAAGGUCAGCUCUGAGCUAAGUGAGGUAAUAAAGAAUGCGUCAGGCUUCUACGCAGAAAUAGAUGGAGCGAAAAAGGAAUUACAAGAAAAAAUAGCCAAUCUGUCUCUGUUCGAUGAUGAUUUGGUAGAAAAGGCUAUGCAUCAUGCACACAACCUAAGAAGACUUGCUGAUGAGCUGGACCGGAAUUUGUAUGGUGUUGACACAAAUGGGCUGGUACAAAGGGCAAUAAAUGCUUCAAAUGUGUAUGAAAACAUUGCCAGUUAUAUUGAAGAAGCUAAUAAAGCUGCAUUGCUGGCACUGAACACAACAAACCGGGUCAAUGAUGCUGCAGUUGGAAUUGAUACUCAGACCAUUUACCAUAAAGGUAAAAGUGAAGAACUUCUCAACCAAGCCAUGGAGCUACAACGGACAGCAGAUGACAGUAACGAUUUAACCAUUGCAGACACUAGCCGGCAUGUUAAUGGCACUCUUGCCAGAAUGAAUGUUCUGCGAAGCCAACUGAUGAGAGCCAUCACAAACAUGCAAUCAGCAGAGCCAGUGGAGGCCAGAGAGCGUUUGGAGCAAGCUAAACUGAAGACUGAAGAGGCCGUGAGUGCUACCAUGACAGUAACACAGGCUACGACCCCCAUGCAUGAGAACGUGAGGUUGUGGUCUCAGAACGUGCAAGACUUCCAGCACAAUUCAGCAGCGUACGACAGUGCUGUGCAUUCAGCUGGGGAUGCAGUGAGAAAACUUACAGAAGUCUUCCCUCAGCUCCUGGACAAACUGCGCAGAGUAGAACAGAAGGCACCAGCAAACAAUAUUUCUUCCAGCAUUCAGCGGAUCAGAGAGAUAAUUGCUCAAACCAGGAGUGUAGCAAGCAAGGUCCAAGUUUCUAUGAUGUUUGGAGGCCAAUCAGCUGUUGAAGUCAAUCCAAAGAUCAACGUGGAGGAACUGAAAUCUUUCACUUCCAUGAGCUUGUACAUAAAGCUUCAGAAAGACAACCCAGAACUGGCAGCAUCUCCAGACAGAUUUAUUUUGUACCUCGGAAACAAAAAUGCAAAAAAUUACAUUGGCCUUGCAAUUAAAAAUGACAACCUUGUGUACAUUUACAAUCUGGGGGACCAAGACAUGGAGAUACCUCUGGAUGCAAAGCCAGUCAGCACCUGGCCUUCUUACUUCAGCAUCAUCAAAAUUGAGAGGAUUGGAAGACAUGGCAAAAUGUUUUUAACUGUGCCCAGUCUUAGCAGCACAGCUGAAGAAAAAUUCAUCAAAAAGGGAGAGGUUCUUGGUCCUGGCUCUCUCCUGAAUUUGGAACCUGAAAAUGCUGUUUUCUACGUUGGCGGAGUGCCUCCAGACUUCAAGCUUCCUCCUAGUUUAAACCUGCCUGGCUUCAUCGGUUGCCUGGAACUGGCUACCCUGAACGAUGAUGUGAUCAGCCUAUACAACUUCAAGCACGUCUAUAACAUCGACACCACCACAUCGCCACCUUGUGCCAGAAAUAAGUUGGCUUUCACUCAGAGCCGGGCUGUGAGCUAUUUCUUUGACGGCUCUGGCUAUGCCUUGGCAAGAAACAUUGAGAGAAGGGGAAGAUUCAGCCAGGUGACUCGGUUUGACAUAGAAGUUCGAACACCUACAGACAACGGAUUGAUCCUGCUGAUGAUUAAUGGGAGUAUGUUCUUCAGUCUAGAGAUGCACAAUGGUUUCUUGCACCUCCGCUAUGACUUUGGCUUCAGCACCGGCCCUAUGCUGCUAGAGGACUCCAUGAAGAAGGCUCAGAUUAACGACGCUAAAUUUCAUGAGAUUUCUAUUAUAUAUCACAAUUCUAAGAAGAUGAUCUUGGUAGUAGACAGGCGACAUAUAAAAAGUGUGGACAAUGAAAGAACAGCAAUGCCAUUCACAGACAUCUACAUUGGAGGAGCGCCUGCUGAGAUCUUGCACUCCAGUAUUAGCUCACAUCUGGCAGGAAAUAUUGGCUUUAAAGGCUGCAUGAAGGGUUUCCAGUUCCAAAAGAAGGAUUUCAACUUGUUAGAAGAACCAGGAACCCUGGGAAUCAGCUAUGGAUGCCCAGAGGAUUCACUGAUGUCCCGCAAAGCAUAUUUCAAUGGAGAGAGCUUCAUUGCAUCAAGCCAAAAAGUGUCCCUCUUUAGUGAAUUUGAAGGAGGCUUUAAUUUCCGGACAUUGCAGCCCAAUGGGCUGCUGUUUUACUACUCCGAAGGAUCAGAUGUAUUAUCGAUCUCUAUGGACAGAGGUGCUGUUGUUCUAAAUGCAAGCGGAACCAAAAUUCAAUCACCAGACCGAAAUUACAACGAUGGAAAAACCCACUUCAUCAUUACAUCUGUCACCCCAGAAAGAUAUGAGCUGACUGUUGACAACAAGAAACAAAGUAAGAAGAACCCAGCAAAGGACAGAGCAGGGAAAAGCCCAGACAGCAUCAAGAAGUUUUAUUUUGGUGGCUCUCCCCUCAGAACGCAGCAAGCCAACUUCACGGGCUGCAUAAGCAACGCUUACUUCACUAG